AUGCCAGGCGUCUACGGAGGAGACGAGAUCAAUGCGCUCGUCAUCGAUGCCGGUCACUCUACCAGCCGUGUAGGUUGGGCAGGUGAGGACGCACCUCGUGUAGUUCUUCCAUCCUACUACGGUCACACAUCCAUCACCGACGAGGACCUUGCCGAACUCGAAUCGCAAGCUGCUUUCCUCCAAUCCGCAUCUUCAUCCUCUACUCAACCACCCGCUGAUGGUGAUGAGACCAUGGGCGAUGGCGAAAACGGCACUGCAUCUAACACAUCCAAUGGCACCCUUAAUGCUCCUACAGAGGAAGGCUCUGACAACCGUCUCAAGCAAGCACGUGCAAAAUCUGCUUCCAAGACACUCCGCUUCGCCGUCGACCACGAAAAGAAACGACGUCGCUACGUCGGCGACAACGACCUUAACCUGUUCCGACGCAACUUUGACAUCUCUCCCAUCUUUGACGACGAUGGUAUCCUCGCCGACAAUGCAGCUUUUGCUCAACUCUGCUCUUUCGGUCUCGACUCGCUGUCUUGCGAUGCAAGGGAGCAUCCGCUGUUAUUGACCGAACCAGCGUGGAAUGCUCGCGAAUCGCGCGAAAAGCUCACCGAAUUGGCAUUCGAAACUCUCGGAAGCCCUGCUUUCUACCUUGCCAACCGAUCAGUCUUGAGCUCUUUUGCAGCGGGCAAGCCUUCGAGCUUGGUCAUUGAUGUAGGCAGCACAAGUGCUUCCACCAUCCCCAUCGUCGAUGGCUUCAUCCUACGCAAGGGUAUUCAAAGGCACAACAACGGUGGAGACGCCAUCAACCGCGCUCUCCUUUACAGCUUGCACCACUCAAGAGGAACAAACUUUGGAGGCGUAACACCGCAGUACUUGAUCAAGAGUCGGAAUGCCGUUGACCCAGGAGCAGCAGCGAAUGCAGUUUUGAGGCAAGAUAGGUUGGAAUAUGUCGCUUCCUCAUACAAGAACUACCACGUUAACCGCGUAGUCAACGACUUUAAGGAAAGUGUAGCACAAGUAUUGGAAGUGCCUUGGGACGAACAACAGGCACAGUUCAGGAGCGGAAGGAUGUACGAGUUCCCCGAUGGAUACAAUGACGCUUUUGGUAUCGAGCGACUCAAGGCUCCCGAGGUUCUCUUCACACCUUCGCUUUGGAACGGUGUUUCAUCAACAGAAAGCUUCGGUCCUGUCCUUCACCCCUCUUCAACCCCUUCCAACGAUACUUCUACCAACGGCAACGAUGGAGUCACUGUUCCAGUCGCAGGCGGAAAAGCAUCCGUUGGGCUGGCAGACAUGGUUCUUUCCUCGAUCAAUGCCGUCGAUGUCGACUCCCGCCCCUCGCUGUUCGGCAACAUCGUUCUCGUUGGCGGCUCUUCGCUUAUCCCAGGCCUUACCGAUCGCCUCAGCUACGAGUUGGGCGUCAAAGCUCCCAAUCAAAAAGUCAAAAUUCACUCGCCAGGAAACACCACCGAACGUCGACACUCUUCUUGGCUCGGUGGAAGCAUCCUUGCUAGCUUGGGUACUUUCCAUCAGCUUUGGAUCUCCAAGCAGGAAUACGAGGAGCACGGUGCUGCAAUUGUUCACGCCAGGUGCAAGUGA